CUUGUUUCUGUGCCCCGGACCUUAUCUAACCGUGCCCUCCUCCGGAGGCCAGAGUGCACUGGAGCGGAGCGGGGUGUAUUUAGCCAGCGUUGUCUCCUUUAGAACGGGGCUGUGUUCUCUGGUGCCGAAGGCCCCACUACGCUCUGGUCCGGGAGGCGUUCAGCUACUGCCAUCUGCCAAUGCAGCCCGGCACAACGGGUGGGGAGAACUCGGAGACCGGCCCGAUGGGAAGGGAGGACCUGGAGCCCAGCCCUGGGGGAAAAAAGGACUCGGGGCCCGGCCUCGCCGUCGGGAAUGCAGUGAGGCCCCCGGCUCCCGAGCUGCCCGCGCGGUUUGAGGAGGGUGGUGGGGCCCCCCUCGGAGGAGCAUUCCGGGCCCAAGAUCCGGUGACUGAGCAGGCGGGGUCAGCUCAUCCCGGAGGCCCUGGCCUGAAUAUUGCCGCCCCAGAGGGUCCAGCGCCCGAGGAAGGGGAGACCCCAGAGCCCCUCGCCGUGUCUCUCUCCGAUGUCCUGCGGCUGGUUCAGCAAGGCCAGGAUAUCCCCGGGCUGGAGAAGCUGCACAUCACGGCCACCUGCAGGGAGCCCACCGCAUCGCGGAUCCCCCGGAAACCCAAGCCUUGGGAAACCCCGCGUCCGACCAGCUCCGCCUUGCCCGCGCCCUAGACCACCAGGCUAUACUAGGGAACCUCCUCUCCUCUCCCCCUUCCCCAAAAGGCCGAGUCCCUAAGCCGUCUGACAAAGACCUUUCAACUAAUAUUAAAGUCUUUGCCAUGUGCCAGGCGCUCCCUCGGAUUUCACAGUUUGGUCGGGUAGGGGGGUGGGGGUUUGGGAGAAAAGAUGCCCAUCUCUUCAAGAGCUAGGAGGAAGCCGUAGUGGAAAGGGCGCUGGUAAAUUUAGCCAAGAGGCCUGGAUUCGGGCCAGCCCUGACACUAAUUGGUAGGAGCUAGAGUAAAUCGGUUCACCUGAGCCAGUUUCCUCCAUCCAAGUGAAUUAUGCUUGCACUACCUACCUCAGCGGGUUGUGGGGAGGAAAAUGCUUUGCCAAUCUUAAAAGGAUUGUACUAGUGUGAACCACAGAGACCUCGACCGAAGCUUUUCUGUUCCUUGAAGGCAGCUGAAUUUGUUUUGUGAAAAAACAAAAAUGCCUCCAACACUAUAAAAACUUGACUUUUGACA